AUGCGUAAGCUGCGUUUCCAUUGGCCAGCGAACCAAUCAGGGGUGGAGUGUUUAGAGCCUUCAGUGGAGCAAGCGGAGGUGACAUUAAAGAUGGCGGCGCCCAGCUCCGUUCUUGUCCGUGUCUGCACUCGGGGUUUCGGAUGGAAGGGCGGGGUGAGCCCGUGCCUUUACUCGUCUCUGGGGCGCGAUAGCGCACGGGGCUGGAGAGCUUACACUGCACCGACCUACAGCACCGGGGAGAAAAUUACCCACACCGGCCAGGUGUUUGAUGAACAUGACUACAGGAAAGUGAGAUUUGUUGGACGUCAGAAAGAGGUCAAUGAGCAGUUUGCUAUUAACUUGAUCAGCGAGCAACCGGUGACUGUGACGGAAAGCAGAGUGGUGUCUUGCGAUGGAGGAGGUGGCGCCUUGGGACAUCCUAAAGUUUAUAUUAACUUGGACAAAGAAACAAAAACAGGAACAUGUGGAUACUGUGGACUUCAGUUCAGACAGAACCACCAUCACUAAUGUGAUCAGUCGAUGUAGCUUGUGUUUAAACUCUAAUAAAUAUAUAUAUAUA